AUGCGAAGCUUCUCUAGCCUACUAGCACUCUCCAUCCUCGCUGUUUGUGGUGCACAGAAGGUGGUCCUCACGAAUGACGAUGGCUGGGCAACAGCUCAGAUCCGUGCGGAAUACAACGCCCUCAAGGCUGCUGGAUUUGACGUCAUUCUUUCUGCCCCGACCGUGAACAAAUCCGGGACUGGUUCCUCGACUACAACGCCUACUGUUCUGACUUCCCCCUGCCAGUUCAACACCUGUCCAGCUGGGUCACCUGCAGUAGGGUUCAAUGCUACUGACCCACGCAUAAAUUAUGUCAAUGCCUUUCCGGUCGACUCUGUACGAUAUGGGAUACAGACCCUCUCCCCUCAAUUCUUUGGCACGAGACCGGAUUUCGUUAUCAGUGGCGCAAACAUUGGCACGAACCUAGGUUCGGUUGGAAAUUCUGGAACCGUCGGCGCAGCGUCGGAGGCAGCCCUCGAAGGAAUCCCGUCAGUCGCCUUCUCAGGCGCCUCCGGCUCUCAGGUAUCCUAUACCACGCUCUCAGACACGGGCGCAGCCUCUACCAGGGCUGCCAACAUCUACACCGACCUCAUUCUCAAGUUCACAAACGCACUCCUGAACAACUCCGGCCCUAUCCUGCCGCCAGGCAUCAGCGUCAACGUCAACUUCGCGUCGAUCAGCAACUGUCCGUCGGCAUCAAGCUAUAAGUUCGUGUUCACGCGCCUCUUGGCUAACAGCGCUCAGACAGACGUAACGACGUGUGGGACGGACCAUUUGACCGCCGAGGGGACUGUGAUUACGAGAGGAUGCAUUGCGACAGUUAGCGUGUUUAAUGCGACGACAAAGAGGGAUGUUGGUGCUUCAUCGCAGGCGGUUGUGUUGAACAAAGUUGCUCCGAUUUUGAGUUGCCUCUAG